AUGUGUUUUCUGCUUGAAUCAGAAGAUACAAGUAGUCUCUUUGAUAAACUUAAGAAGAAACCUGAUGCUUUAACUUUGCAGGCCCCAGCUGCUGGAGACACAAUCAUAUCUUUAGAUUUCGGCAGCAAUGACACAGAAACUGAUGACCAACAACUUGAGGAAGUUCCAUUGUAUAAUGAUGUAAUGCUCCCCUCAUCCAAUGAAAAAUUACAGAAUAUAAAUUUGGCAAUGUCUCCAUUACCUGCUUCUGAAACUCCAAAGCCACUUCGAAGUAGUGGUGACCCUGCACUCAAUCAAGAAGUUGUGUUAAAAUUAGAGCCAAAUCCAGAGUCACUGCAACUGUCUUUUACUAUGCCCCAGAUUUAAGAUCAGCCAGCUAGUCCUACUGAUGGAAGCACUAGACAAAGUUCACCUGAGCCUAACAGUCCCAGUGAAUAUUGUUUUGAUGUGGAUAGUGAUAUGGUCAAUGAAUUUAAGCUGGAAUUGGUAGAGAAACUUUUUGCUGAAGACACAGAAGCAAAGAAUCCAUUUUCCACCCAGGACUCUGAUUUAGACCUGGAGAUGUUAGCUCCUUAUAUCCCAAUGGAUGAUGACUUCCAGUUAUGUUCCUUCGAUCAGCUGUCACCACUGGAAAGCAGUUCUACAAGCCCUCAAAGUGCAAGCACAAUUACAGUAUUCCAGCCGACUCAAAUGCAGGAACUUCCUGUUACCAGUACCAGUACCACUGCUACCACUGAUGAAUUAAAAACAGUGACAAAAGAUGGUAUAGAAGACAUUAAAAUAUUGAUUGCAUCCCCAUCUCCUACCCACAUACCUAAAGUAACUACUAGAACCACAACAUCACCUUACAGUGAUACUGGAAGUCGGACAGCCUCACCAAACAUCUACUUUCUAGAUGGGCAGACUUGCUAG